UCAUCUAUGGUGUGUUAUUACAAGGGAAAGCCUGUGUUUGAAGGUAAUGUUUAAACGAAUUCAUGUGUCGGUGAUGUGAUGCAGUAAGUGACGCUUUCGGUUUGGUUUGCCGGCUCCUGUCACCUGUAUUUAAAAACAAGCUAACGGUUAAUUUUGAGACCGAAAACCAGCGUUGUGUUCGGUUCUUCUGCCCGCCAGUGAUCCCGUGUGUGCCGCCAACAUGCCUUAUCUGGGUGGUGAGGAGACGGUGAGGGAGCUGAGGAGAGCUCUGUCCAACCCCAACGUUCAGUCCGACCAGCUGCGCUACAGGAACACCAUCCUCAAAGUCAUCAGGGCCAUGUCACAAGGUGUGGACAUGUCGGGCCUGUUCAGUGAGAUGGUAAAAGCCUGCGCCACAGUGGAUGUGGUCCAGAAGAAGCUGGUGUAUGUGUUCCUGUGCUCCUACGCCACUUUAAACCCUGAGCUGUCCCUGCUGGUCAUCAACACGCUGAGGAAAGACUGCCAGGAUCCGAACCCGAUGGUCCGCAGCCUGGCUCUGAGGAACAUGACCAACCUCAGGUUGCCCAGCUUGGUUGAGUAUGUUGAGCAGCCUUUAACAGCAGGAUUAAGAGACAGAGCAGCUUGUGUGCGACGAGUGGCAGUCCUCGGCUGGGCGAAACUACACCAUCUCCAACCCAGCUCUGAAAUAGAUGCCGCGGUGGUGAACGAGCUGUACAGCCUGCUGAGGGACCCGGACCCCGUGGUGAUGGUGAACUGCCUCCGAGCUCUGGAGGAGAUCCUGAAGGACGAAGGGGGAGUCGCUAUUAACAAACCCAUCACCCAUCACCUGCUCAACAGGUCGCUGCUGCUGCGUUCUAUCCCCGGCCUGAUGGGGGCGCACUACAAACGCUUCUUCUGUGGCUACGCUGAGCCAGCAUACAUCAAGCAACGGAAGAUGCAGGUGCUGGUGGAGCUGGUAAAUGACGAGAAUGUAGCGAUGUUACUGGAUGAGCUGAAGGGAUACUGCACGGACGUCAACGCUGACACUGCACAGGCGGCAAUCUCGGCUAUAGGUAAACACACGAUUAUGUGGCGGUAUUAUGUAAAUCCCUGCAAACACUUUCUUGUAUACUGUGGCAGGCAGGCUUUGCUGUGGUUGCUGGGCGUAUAUGGUGAGCGAGUGUUCAGCGCUCCCUACACUCUGGAGGUGUUCAUCGAUGGAGUGAGGAGCGAGGCCUCUGUGGGAGUCAAGGUGGAGCUGCUGACGGCCACCAUGAGGCUGUUUCUGUGUCGGCCGGCUGAGACGCAGGACAUGCUUGGACGACUGCUGCACUACUGCAUAGAGGAGGAGACAGACAUGUGUGUUCGUGACCAGGCACUUCUCUACUACCGACUGUUGCAUUGUGGGAUAGAGGAGACACGAAAGGUGCUUCAGGGUCGGAGGUCGGACCCUUCCCUGGGUGUUCUGAUUGGCCGCCCCGCUGAGCCCAUCAGCCAGUGGGCGCGCAGCUUUAACACCCUGGAGCCUCUGAGGCAGAGCACCAUAGAGACGGAGUCAGCCAGCAGGGGCAGCCCUGAACACACCACCUUUGACCCGAAGCCAAACGCUGACCUCUCAGACACCCUGAACUGUAGCCGCAUCGAGAAGGUUCAUUCAGACGGUGAUGGUCGCUGUUCGGACUCCUCCGCUGAUGUUCUGGCUUCCGGCGUGGCAGCCCCCCUCAGCCUGUCCCUCUCCCCAGCUCUCAGCCCAGAGGAGUUUGAGCGCCUGUGGCUACAGCGACGGGCUUUGCAUGCUGAACAAGGCACCGAAGAAAUGGCAGGGGAGGAGGAGGAUUUUGUGUGGUUGGAAGAAUGCAUCCGAUGCCCAGCGAUACCUAACUGUUCCCCGCAAAGCCUCCAGGCCGCCAUGCAGUUGGUCAACAUUCAGACUUUGGCCUUCACGCCACCGCAAACACUUCCCUGGAGGGUCUACCUGUACACACACACCUGCUCCACCGACACGCCCCACAGCACGCUCAUACUGGGAGAACUGCUGUACGCCAACGAGGAACUUCAGAAAGCAGACGUUAAAAAAGCCACCGAUGGAAAAGUCGGGGUGGAGGGCACUGUGGACGAGCAGGUGGAAAUGGAAGCAACAGCUGAUAGAGGACAGGAGGCAGUAAAAGUGACUCUUAGGCAGCAACCAAGAGAUGACGAGGCUCUAAAGGGUUUCCUCUCAAUCCUUACCACUGUACUGCACACGCUGUCCUCAGAGAGAGCCUGAAUAUGCUUCAGACACACAUGCAAAUACACAUUAUUUAAAUUUAUUUCAAAUAUACACCCAUCCCGAAGGAUAUCCCAAUCACUUUUGUUUGACCCUAAUCCGAUCCAAGUCCGAAUGAUUAAAUAUCUGCCGACACUGAAGCUCAAACUGAUGCCAUUUUGUAGAUAAUACACAGUUCAGGUAGUAGUUUUUGAUACUGCAGCGACCAAAUGAAGUGAUUAGCAUGACAGUCUUCUGUGACACUUGAUGCCCUCUGACUAGUGGAAAUGUACUAAAUCAAGCUCAGAUCAACUAGAAUAGCGUUGCUGUGUUCCAGUGACACAUGUAGCGGUCGCCUUUGCAGCAUGUAACAUGUAUGUGACUUUAAAAUGCAUCAUCAACACAGGACAAUACUUCUGAUGGACUAUCUAAGUUAACUAUCUAGUUCUUCGAGGAACGUGCUUGUGGGUACACCGCAUUAUCUGCCAAUCGAAAGAUUAAACAGGACAUAAGGUCUGUGGCUGUCGUGUGCUGAACUUGUGUUAUUAACUCGUCAAUUAUUGAUUGAUAGUGCUGCAGUUGUCAGGAAAAUGAUUUACAUUUAUGACACGUGUGUGACAGCAAAUGUAAACAAAGGAUCAGGCUUAGGUUCAUUCUGAUAUCAGUCAGUUAGCAUUUAGCUUAAUCAACCCCUGCAUCUGGACCCUUCCCCUACAUGUAAGUGAGCGAUGGUGUCUCUAGUGAAACUGACAACACUUUGUGAAGUGCUCAUAUCCUGACAUGUUGGCUGCAGACAGUUUCAGGCACUUGAAACAUGAUUUUAAUAUAUGUAUUAAAAUGAUCAAAUAUU